GAGUCAAGGCUUCACCUAACCUCAUUUCGCGCAACCGUAGAUGCAAGCCUGUGCCCGUUUCUGCUUCAAAAAUUUGUCUAAUAGCGCGUUCAUCCCGCUCUUUGGCACAUUGACGUCAUCAGCUCCACGGCACAGCCUCCGCUGUAUUGUCAAACACAUAUUUAAUUACCAACGUGUGCAGUGCGGCACGCGCAAACCCAACUUGAAGAUGACCAAAGAUUGGUCGUUGAUUUGGGCCAAAAACGGCUCUGUUCGAUUCGGGAUUGAAGAUGUUUUCGGGAGAAGUACACGCGGUGGUUAUGAUGUUCUUCCAAGGGAGAUGUCGGGUGAAUUUCGGCCGAUCCUUGCUUCUCACCGCGUCUGCGCAAAAAACGUUCGGGCACGUAUAUCAGUCAAAGUAAGGCGGCGCGCCGGCUAGCGCGCUCGCCUGGCGUACGGCCCGGGCUCCCACGACGUCUCCUCUGAAGCCGGGAGCAGUUUCAUCAAUAAAAAGAUGCCCCCAAACAUGUUUACCGAAUGCGUGUGGUACCGCAAUACGUCAAUUUAGCCGCAUAACGCAUGUAAAUGGACACGUGACUGCGCUGCCCGUAGUGUCUUCCUUUGUAGUGUGAUUGACUCUAGUGCUGGUUGUUUUUGUGAGGUUAAUCGUAGCGGGAAUCCUGUAAAUAAGGUCUAUUACUAAAGCAAUAAUAUAAAAUCUAGAAACCCCGUAGGUAAAUAAAAUAAGUAAUAUUAUUAGUUGACGCUGUAGAAGUGCAAAAAAAAAAAACAGAAAACCAGCUCUAGUCUACGCAGUAUCUUCCAUUAUUAACUGUAACUAAUUAAAUUAACUAUUUUAUAGUUUUAAAAUAAAAAUAAACUGUGCAAAAUGUUUCGGAACGCGAAAAUCGAGUUAAAAUACUCGUAUAUCGAGUCGCCGGGCAGUGUCGAGGGAAUGAGUGUUGUGGUUUAAACUAAAAGAAAUGCCAAUAAAAUGCCGCAGCGCGCUUCGUCAUCGUCCAGCUUGAUACGACCCUUCGUGGUGUUGGCGUUGCCCGGAAUGUACCUGCUGUAUAAGUACAACCAGUACCGACAACAGCAAAUGGAGACCGCGCGGCGCCGGGUCACCGAGCGUGAGCUUAUGCACCUCAACACCAAAAUUGAUAAAUUGCUCAAUAAAUUGGAAGAAAAUGAGCCUGAACUCGCUACGUCACCCGAGGAAGAAUGUGUAAUAUGCGUAAAUGCGAAGGCGACGAUGCAAACAUCUCCGUGCGGCCACCGUGUGGUCUGCCGGAGGUGCUUCGUGAAGACCAUUCAGAUGGCAGUCAGUCAGAGACUGCUGCCGCUGCGCUGUGUGAUCUGCCGGGCGAAGAUCCUGCGACUGCGGCAGGCACCUCGCUUGGUGACCAGCAAAAGUUGGCAGGUGUCAAGUGGAAGUGGAAAGUCAUGGGGAGUGCCAGGAUCCGUGUCGUCGUACUCGGUCGGUGCGCGGUCAGUGCCUGCCUCCGCAUCGCUUUACUCCGUCACCAGUGGCGAGUCUUCCCUUUCAGGUGUAUCUUCCGUAUCGUCUAACAGUGGUGGGAAUGUGAGUAACACUGGUUGUUCCACCAAGCUGUGUGGAGGCGCGAAGUGUGGUGGGGCGUGUCUAGGCGCGGUGCCUAGGGUGCCUGCCGCCUCCGCUCCGCCAAAAGCGCGGCAACCAGCCUCCAACUGCCUGCGACGAUCACAGCAUCAUAGCAUGAAGGCAAGAUUGCAAGAUUAUCAAGUACACAGCUAUACGGGUGGGCCGGCCGGAGAACCUUCAGGCAGACUACCUCCAAUCCGCGAAUUCCAAAGAGAAUUCCGCGAAGGACGGCGAGAAAGCGCCGCUGCCGCUUCAGCGUCGACUAGAAUAAGGUGCGCACAAAAAAUUGUAACGCAGCUAGAAACAUCGCCACAAAAGAAUAAACAACAUUUUUUUCGACCCCUAAAACCCCCUAAUAAAGACGAAACCCCACCAAAAUCAAGAGAUCACAGCAAAGAGACUGACAGCAAAAAGGAAAACCCCAAAGCGAAACCGAAAAAAGAAGAAAAGAAAAAGAAAGAACCAGAUGAAAACGUAAAGCAAGGUGAAAAGAAUAAAAAAGACGAAACUAAUGAUAAUAAAAAGAAUGAAAUAGCUGAAAAGAAAAAAGAGGAAAAACUUAGACUUAAGGCGGAGAAAGAAGCUAAAAAGGAAGCUAAAUUACAAGCUAAAGAAGAAGAAAGACAAGCUAAGCUUCUCGCUAAAGAGGAAGAAAGACAAGCGAAACUAUUAGCUAAAGAAGAAAAGAAGAAAGCUAAAAAGGAGGCAAAACUUGCGGCACAAGCUGAAAAAGAAAAAGCUAAAUAAUAAAAUAUCCAUAUAAUUUUUACAUCUUAGAAACUUUUAGCCGUCUUUAGAUUUUAGAUUCGGAAAUCGUUAGGUACUAUCGGAACAAAGAUAAAAUUUUACAAGUAUUGUAAAUUCGUAUUAGACAUAAAUAAAUUACUGUAACUUAUAAAAUAAUGAUUAGCAUGAUUUCAUUUCUAUUUUUUUACUCCUUUUGUUACCCUACAUUAUUUUAUAUUAUGAUAAGACAAUAUGAAUGAAAUAGAUAAUGUUAGAAAUAGAUAUAGAUAAAGAUUACGUUACCGAGUAGUGCAUUACAAAAUUGCUCUCAUACUGUUAUUAUAAUUGGAAUGUUAAACAUAAAUAAGGCAGUGUAUGCUGUGGUGUUAGUGGUUCCCUAUCACUUUGGAAUGCAUUACCAUGAAACGUGGUUAUGUGCAUUCAUCGCCCCUUCAUUCAGCUUCACCUACUAGACCUUCGUUUCAGGAAAUCAUUCGCGCGCUUCAGCUUACAAAACACUCUAGGAGUAGGACAGACUAGAGUACUUGGGGACGGGGUUCUUUUUCGUUCUGGACCACAUUUGGCCUAAUUUUAUGCAUUAUUUAAUUGAACGUGAUAAUCAUUUGACUACGAAGUCUCACCUUUGGCACUGUUGCCAAGCAACGGCACUGCAACCAGUCUUACGGCAACGCGAACCAAAGUGAUAGGGCACCGCUAUGCCCUAAUUCGCAUGAGCGUUAUAAAAGCGUUGCGUUAAAACCCGGCGUUGGCGGGUAAUAACGUUGUAUAUAAGCGUUGUCGAUUGAACAGAUACUUGAGAAUGCAUGUGUUCUAUUUGAACGCUUUUUUAAUCGACGUUAAAAAAGCCCUCGUGCGAAUUAGCCCAAGGCAUCGCAUACAUUUCCUAAAAUAAUAUAGUUUUUAAAACCGAAGGUUAUAAAAAGCAAUUUAAUUAAAUAGAAUGUUGGGUCAUAGUUGGAAUUUUACAAACUGCGAAGACUGAACGAAUGAGAUAAAGAAAUCAUAUCGUUUUGUAAUUUGUGUGUAACAGUCGUAGUUAGGAGCUCUGUGCAUUACUGCAUUGCCAAAGAAUUUAUUUACUGAGAGUUAGCACCAAAAUUUUUACCUAUGGCAUUGCGGUAACCGCAAUUGUUGUGAUUGGCUGAAUUAUGGUAUUCCUGCUAAUACAUCAGCGCAUUUUAGCCAAUAGUGAGAUCUGUAGCUAAUUCUGUUGUAGAUAAUCCUUAAACUAAACUUAUAUUGACAAGUCGAAAUCUAGUGCUAUCCUUUUCCGCUGGGAGCAUUAUGAAAGAGAUAGCAAUUCAUUUAGACCUAUCAUUUUAGUUUAUUUCAGUGAUUGUGAACAACAGAAUUACUAUUUAGUCACACUGUCAGCACAUCAAACAUAUUGCGAUGGUCACAUUAAAUAGCAGUCAAAUUUUGAUGCUAAGUCUUCUGAUUUUAUGGUGAUCCAACCCAUCUCUUAAGUAUAUUCUAGAACUCCAAGUAGUAAAUUGAGUAAGGUAUUUUGCAAGGUUUUCUCAUGGUUUGUCAGUGUUUGUCACCAUCAUCUGCCAGGCGGAAUGCAAUUUUUAUUUUCAUAUUGUAAAAGUAGUGAUCGCAAAACAAGUAGUCCAAUCUGAAGUUGCAACAUGACAAUUUUCGUACGUCAUAGACUAUACUUGACUGAGAUCUAUAGAGUAGGUAUAUUUUGACUUUGCUCAGACUUAAGCUUCAAUUAAAACGAGAUGGUUUUAUGUCAGCAGUAUAGCUCUGUCUCAUUUUAACAGUAUCUUAAGUCUAAGCAAAGUCAAAGUGCCCUCUAUAGAUCUCAACCUAAGAAUUAAAAUAUACACAAGCCCAGCGGAGAUCCUUUUUGUACAAUGCGCAGUCAUACGCUUCGAGUUCAGAUUGGAGUACUUUUUUGCGCACACUUUACUAUCUUAGAGACUUUAUAAAAUACCAAACCCAAUUAUACGUUUGGGUUCUAAGAAUAUUAUUGGUAUAUUGUACUUAAUUUCGAAAUAAAAAAUAGAGAAGCUAGGUAGUAUUAUUUUUUUAAUAUUUAAGGAUUUCUUAUAUGCUUACCAUAGAAAAUCCUAUCUGGAUCAACAGCUAUACGAUGUGACUAAGGCACGACGCAGACCUGCAGAAUGGAGUGAAACCAAGGUGCAGAGCCUUUCUGAAUAAUAACUCAAACUAACCUUUAUUUAUUUUGACAUAAAGGCGACGACUAGUGCCGCGUUAAACGUGCCAUGCGUCCUUUCAGUUUCCUGUUUUGUUUUCAGUACGUAUAUGAGAAUGAGCUCGCACGGUAAAAUUACACAGCGCCAUUUUAAAAUAAAUUUUCAAAGCAGAAAAAUAGCGCGAAUAAAUAUAAAAUUACCUUAACCCUUUGUCUAUUAUGUAAAGGCGCUAUCUACCUGUAAUCUGUAGUUAUGUUACUUAGCAACAUUGUUAUCUGUCAAAAGAAAUGUACAAUUUUUGACAAAUAACAACGUUGCCAAGAUGUUGCCAAGUAACUUAUUUACAGUUGCCAAAAAGAUUGAUUUGCAAGGGAUCCUUGAUUAAACAGGGCAAAGCGGAGUGUAAGUUUUUAACACAAAGACUGUUCCACUUGGCUCUACUCCACUCUGUCUGUAUGUGUUGACCCUAAUUAGUUGCCAAAAACUGGAAAUUAACAUAACCACAGUCCGUCUGUCAUCCUAAUCUCAAACGAGUCACAAGGUAAUAUUUUAAAUUUUAAAUAUUGUAAUGUAGAAUCAUAUCAAGUUGAGUUAGCAUGAACCUAGGUAAGUGUUGAGGUUUCUUUUAUAAGGUUUCCAUGUCGGAAUCUAUUGUCAAUCGUUAGAAGUUUCCUGUAAAUUAAAUAACAAUGUUACCUAA